CCGUCGCCGCGCUUUCGCUUUCGUUUUCGGCCCGUUUGUCCACGGAGGCGCGGGUUUCGGGGCACCCGGAGCGGGGUGCAGGAUCCCGGCUGCCAGGAGAUUGAACAGGAUGUAGAUGUUCUGUAGAAUACGUGAGAAGCUUGGAAUGAGUCCCCACUGACUUCUACUCAAGGCUGGUAAAAUGAGCCUGCGAAAGCAAACCCCCAGUGACUUCCUAAAACAAAUCAUUGGACGGCCAGUUGUGGUCAAAUUAAAUUCUGGAGUGGAUUAUCGAGGGGUGCUGGCGUGCCUGGAUGGCUACAUGAACAUCGCCUUGGAGCAGACAGAGGAGUAUGUCAAUGGACAGCUGAAGAACAAGUACGGGGACGCGUUCAUCCGCGGGAACAACGAUGCAGCUCAUUGCUCAGGCCUGUCAAGAUCAUUCUUCAUCAUUGUUUUGUCGCGCCUCCGUCUGUCUGCCUGCUGCCUCCUGCGGCUGGUCACUCACAAGGCUGCGCUCCCCCCUUCCACCAGGCCCUCGAAGGACAGGAGCCCCUGGUGUCCUUGCACCUGUAACAUGUGCUCUACCACUCGGCCUGUGUUGAUUCCGCUUGCAAAGAGGAGACUUUGCCGACUGCGAGCAUUGCUGUCACACAGGUGCUGGGGACUGAACUCAGGACACCCUGCUUGCAGAGCCCAUGUUUUUCUGCUGCACCAGCAGAACUUACUUUGAAAAUUAAUUUUGAAGGGGCUGGGGAAAGCAGCAUAACGGUUCUGCAGAAGCCUCUCCUGCCUGAGGCUCUGCACU